CCGUUUUCCGCUUUGUCACAUUGAUUGUAGUUCUUUUCUUGCAUUUUUUUUUUCCUGUUAAUCUUUUGUCUUCCUUUUUUUUUUUUGUCACAAAAAUCUCCGAAAGACGGCCACGGCCUGAGCGAGCAAGAUGGAGGUUUUCUCUCUCUACCGUCGCUUCCCCCCAGAGCCUUCUCGUAUUCUAUCUCUGACCAUCAUUUGAUUCUGCCGCCGAGAAAUUCAUCACGCCGAUGUAUUAGGAACAGGUUUAGUUCUGUUGAGCAUUGCUGAAAGAACUGAUUAAUCCAUAAGUGAGAAUUUUGUGUGGUAUUAUCGCUCUGUGGAUUGUCCAAGAUGAGUGUCGUUGGGUUUGAUAUAGGGAACGAAAAUUGUGUCGUUGCCGCCGUUAAGCAGAGGGGCAUCGAUGUCUUAUUGAACGAUGAGUCCAAACGUGAAACUGCGGCAAUUGUCUGUUUCGGGGAGAAACAGCGGUUUCUGGGCUCGGCUGGUGCGGCUUCUGCUAUGAUGAACCCCAAAUCGACAAUUUCUCAGCUGAAGAGACUGAUAGGGCGCAGAUUUGCGGACCCAGAUGUUCAGAGAGACCUCAGAAUGCUUCCCAUUGAAACCUGCGAGGGAUCAGAUGGUGGAGUUUUGGUUAGAAUAAAAUACGCAGGGGGGACCCACACAUUCACCGCAGUGCAGAUUAUGGCAAUGUUGUUCGCCCAUUUGAGGGAAGUCACAGAGAAGAAUUUGGAAAUGCCUGUUUCUGAUUGCGUCAUUGGGGUACCCUCUUACUUCACGGACUCGCAGAGGGUAGCUUAUCUGAAUGCCGCAUCAAUUGCUGGUCUUAAGCCCUUGAGAUUGAUUCAUGAUUGUACUGCGACUGCCCUCAGUUAUGGAAUCUAUAAGACUGAUUUCUCCAACAGGGGCCCCACAUAUGUUGCAUUUGUGGACAUUGGCCACUGCGAUACUCAAGUGUGUAUUGCUUCAUUUGAGUCGGGGCAGAUGAAAAUCCUCUCUCAUUGCUUUGACUGUAACUUAGGGGGAAGGGACUUUGACGAGGUUUUAUUCACACAUUUUGCUGCGCAAUUCAAACAGCAGUAUCAUAUAGAUGUCUACUCUAACGCGAAGGCUUCAAUGAGGCUAAGGGCAGCCUGCGAGAAGCUGAAAAAGGUUCUAAGUGCAAAUGCUGAGGCGCCUCUAAACAUCGAAUGUUUAAUGGAUGAGAAGGACGUCAAGGGGAAUAUUAAGAGGGAGGAGUUCGAGAAGCUCGCAUCGGGGUUGCUGGAGAGGAUUGCAAUUCCCUGUAAGAAGGCUGUAGCUGAUUCGAGGUUAUCUUUGGAGAGGAUCCAUUCAGUUGAGCUCGUAGGAUCAGGAUCAAGAAUUCCAGCUAUUACUAGAAUGUUGGCCUCUCUCUUUGAAAGAGAACCACGCAGAACUUUGAAUGCAAGCGAGUGUGUGGCUCGUGGAUGUGCCCUUCAAUGCGCGAUGCUUAGCCCUGUUUUCCGGGUCAGAGAGUAUGAGGUGCAGGAUUCAAUCCCUUUUUCUAUCGGGUUCUCCACGAACGACAGUGUGAUUUCUGCCGGAUCAAAUGCUGUGCUGUUCCCUAGAGGCCAGCCUUUCCCGAUUGUAAAAUUUCUGACUCUUCAGAGGAGUAGCUUGUUCUAUUUGGAAGCAUUUUAUGCUAAUGCCGACGAGCUACCUUCUGGCACAUCUGCAAAAAUUGGUUCUUUCAUGAUUGGCCCAUUCAAAGGUUCGCAUGGGGAGAAGACAAAGGUUAAAGUCAGAGUUCAAUUGAACCUUCAUGGCAUUGUCGGUGUUGAUUCAGCAAUGUUAGCAGAGGAUAAUGCACACACCUCAGUUGCCGGUGAAGAUACUUGUCAAAAUGCAGAAAGAGUCUAUUCAGACACCACUUCUGCUAAUGAUCAACAUGGCCUUGAAAACGGCACCUCUACUUCACAUGCUUCUCAGGAUCAUGGCACUAGAAGAGAGAGAGCAAUGAGGAAGCUUGAAGUACCAGUCAACGAGAAAAGAGAUGGUGGGAUUAGUGAGGCUGAUCUCGCUGAAUUUAAAGAGAAAGAAGCUCAGUUGGCUGAACAGGACAGGAUCAUAGAACAGACCAAAGAGAGGAAAAAUGCUUUGGAGUCUUAUGUUUAUGAGACACGGAACAAGCUUCUGAACACGUACCGGAGUUUUGCAAGCAAUUCUGAGAGGGAGGGAAUCUCAAGGAGCCUGCAGCAGACAGAGGAUUGGCUAUACGAUGAAGGCGAUGAUGAAACUGAAAAUGCUUACAAUUCAAAGCUAAAAGACCUAAAGAAGUUGGUUGAUCCAAUCGAGAACCGGUUCAAGGACGAAGAAGCCAGAGCACAGGCGACAAGAGACCUACUGAACUGCAUAGUAGAGUACAGAAUGUCCGCGAAUUCACUUCCACCAGAGCAUAGAGACUUGAUAAUUAAUGAGUGUGAUCGAGCAGAGCAGUGGCUAAGAGAGAGAAGCCAACAACAAGAUUCCUUGCCAAAGAAUAUGGAUCCCGUACUAUGGUCCAGCGAUAUCAAGAGUGUGGCUGAAGACCUAAACUCGAAAUGCAGGCUUAUAUGGAAUUCGAAGACCCCUUCGACUCUAGAGGAUGGGAGAGACUCAGACCCAAACUCUUCUAGGCUCUAGUUCACAUGGACGAGUGUUUUUUGCCCUUCUUGUUUACCUUCGAUUGUCCUUGAUGAAUUUGUUUUGUUUUUAUACGGGUUCCCAAUGUAAAUUUCUUCUUCAAAUUGAGGUGUGGAUAUAGAAAUGUACGAGGACUGGGAGAGCAGGAGAUUGAUAGAUGCUGUCCAGGAAAUGUGAUGUUUACUUGAUAGCUUAGGUGAGUUUCCAUCGAAACAAUGUUGUGCGAUUAUGAAUUUUUUCGGGCAAUAUCAUUUCGUUAUAUUAAUGAUAAAAGUUUUUUGGACCCAA